GCUUCCCCUAGCUGGAGGGUGGGGUCAGGCUCUCAGUAUUUUCUUAUACAGAAACCGUUGUGUCUCAUUGAACAAACGAUUAAUGCAUGUAAAAAGAUAACACUACGACAGUGGAGAGGAUUAAGACAGAGUGUGGAGCAGGUUUUAAACAGCAAAAUCGUCUGUCUCUUGACAGGUAGAAUCUGAUCAAGUGUGUGUGUGGAGCAGCUGAGAGAGGCAUUCAGAGAUGGCAGCCAACAAGGGGAAAAGUCAGAGCUCCUUGGCAUUGCACAAGGUCAUCAUGGUGGGCAGCGGUGGUGUCGGCAAGUCAGCCCUUACACUCCAGUUCAUGUAUGAUGAGUUUGUUGAAGACUAUGAGCCAACAAAAGCAGACAGUUAUCGAAAGAAGGUUGUGCUGGAUGGGGAGGAGGUGCAGAUUGAUAUUUUGGACACGGCGGGGCAGGAAGACUAUGCAGCCAUCCGAGACAACUAUUUCCGCAGUGGAGAGGGUUUUCUCCUUGUGUUCUCCAUAACCGAGCAAGAGUCUUUUACAGCCACAGCAGAGUUCAGGGAACAGAUCUUGCGUGUUAAAGCUGAGGAGGAUAAGAUUCCACUGCUGCUGGUGGGGAAUAAGUCUGAUCUGGAGGAGCGCAGGCAAGUGUCUGUAGAUGAUGCCAGAGCAAAGGCAGAGGAGUGGGGUGUACAGUAUGUGGAGACUUCUGCUAAAACACGUGCCAAUGUAGAUAAGGUAUUUUUUGACCUCAUGAGGGAAGUGCGAGCCAAGAAGAUGUCAGAAAAUAAGGACAAAAACGGAAAAGGAAAGAACAAGAAGAACAAGAAGAGCUUCAAGGAACGGUGCUGUUUACUUUGAACUCCACGUGGACUUUCCAUGAGCAAACCUAUUUUCUACUCUAAGGAACAUUUCAAUUUUUCUUUAUUACAAUCAUACCAUAAUUAGUGGCAGGUCAUCACCACCAAGGCCUUUUCAUAUUUCCUUUCUACAUGCAAACUAUGAUUUUUUUUUUCAGUGACUGAUGACCAGUGGCUACUUUUGUGAGGAAAAUGACUGUAGCACUUUAGGACAAAGAUGGAGGUGACCAACCUGUGCCCAACACUACUUUUUUUUUUUCAGCCUUAUUUGUGGCCAUGUAUUAAUAGUAAUGUUUUUUGCUUAUUCAGAAAUAUUUUUAUCCUUUCACGAUGUGGUGGAGGCGUUAUGUUUUCAGAUUCUUCCAUCUGUGACCUUGUCAUAAGUAUAUUUUUAAGGGUAUUUCAGAUAUACAAAUUAGUAACAAGAAGGACUCGACUGGGUGGUUGUGCUAAAAGGAGAUUAAAACCAUUUGCAAUAUCCUUUAUGGUACCCAAAUGUUGGCAUUUCCUGCCCCCUGUUUGAAAAUGAAAUGAUGACCGCAUGGUAGGAAGUGUAAAUAUAAAUUUUAAAUUUGGUAUAUACAGAUGAGACUACUGAUAUGUGGUAGAAAAUCUUUUCUUUGUGAUGUCUGACAGGCUAGAAGACAAUAUGAUGUUAUGGUACCAUAAUACUGUGAAUUUCUAAUGCCUGAUUCCUAUUAUAGUCAAAUCUCCACUGAGACCAUUUGUGGAGGUAAAUACAAGAGGUAAAUGCUGUCGCAUUCAACACUGUUUCCUCAGUAAAAGGUAGUUAUGAAACUUAAUAAGGGCUUGGAAUGAUGCUGAAAUGUUGCUCAAAUUUUCUGCACUAAAUAAGCCAAGUUUUUAGCAUAGCAGAAUCUGCACUGCCUCCCACUGAUCGACAUAAAUACUUCAGUCAGAAGAGGCACAUCACAUGGAGAGAUGUUGCUUUUUGCUUUGUAACUUUUAUUGAGAUAUUUUUGUAGAAAAUAAUGAUGCCUUUUCCACCACCAGACGCCCUAAGUACUUGUGCCAACCUAAUAUAAGUACUGUAUAGCAAUGACUUCUGACCUGAGCAUUUAAUGGACUUUAUUUGUAUGACUUGUUUUAGUUGGCAUUCUCUCUCUCACUCUCUCUCUCUCUCUCUCUCUCACACACACACACACACACACACACACACACACAGAGUGCUACCGGUCCACCAAUGAUGUUGCUGAAAUUGAUGUUUUAUAUCAUAUUAAAAGUUCUGGCCUUUCAGAAAUGGGCUGCAAUUUUUAUGAUUGUUUUCCACUGGAUAAAAAUAAAGAGAAUUCAAAGUUU